CUCUUAAACUUACACAGUUUUUAGCCACUCAUCAUCAUCAUCUUCAUCAUCUUCUUGAUCAUAGCAAUCCCAACCAUCUUAAUCAACGUAAUUAUCAAUCCUCAUCUUAAUCAACUUUAUCUAAUUUUCCUCUUCUUCGUCUUAUAUAAUUUUGUUUUAUAAUAAAACCAAUGCGAAUCAACUUCUCAUUAGCAAUUACAUUUUGAAAUUGACUUUUUUGUUAUUAUGUUUAUCAAAAUCAACUAACCAAGUUACAUCCAAUUGUGUGCACACCAAAGACAACAACAAUCAAUAUUGAUAAACAUUUCAAAUCAGUUUAGAUAAACAAGGGAAAAAAAGGUUAAAAACGCUUCAACACUCAACGGCUUUUCGGGUUCAAUUGAGAUUCCCGUUUCUGGUUUAAACAUUUAACAACUAAUGUGACAAUGAAAAGUGAAAGACAGUGGGAUAUUAAGGUGUCACAUUAUGCCCAAAACACUAUCAACCCAAUUCGCCAAGUCUUGGAGAACCUGAAUGCUUCACCAAAUCCAAAUAAAAAACUGAUUCCUCUUUCAAUCGGUGAUCCAACCGUUUUCGGUAAUCUUGAACCCAACAAUGUAAUCAUUGAAGCAAUGGUUGAAAGUAUUCAAAGCAACAAGUUCAAUGGAUAUUUACCUUCCAAUGGAAUUGAAUCGGCUCGUAAGGCAAUCGCCGAGUAUUCAUCAACCAAUAAUGUUCAAGUAGAUCCAAAGGAUGUAAUCAUUACCAGUGGCUGUUCACAUGCUCUUGAGAUGGCCAUAAAUGUGCUUGCCGAGCCGGGUAAAAACAUUUUACUUCCAAGACCAGGGUUUCCCUUGUACCAGACUCUAUGCGGUGGACUUGGGAUUGGAAUGAAAUAUUACAAUCUUGAUGCUGAAAAGAAUUGGGAAAUUGAUUUGGACCAUUUAGAAGCUCAGAUUGACCCUUCAACAGUGGCCAUUGUUUACAAUAAUCCAUCCAAUCCUUGCGGUUCAGUUUAUUCUGCUUCACAUAUUCGCUCGUUUCUUGAGAUUUGCGAGAAACACAAAGUUCCUGUGAUUGCUGAUGAAAUUUAUGAACAUUUAGUUUUCCCUGGACACAAGUUUACUCCAAUAGCUUCCCUUACUCAAGAAGUUCCCAUUUUAUCAUGCAGAGGAACAACCAAAAGAUUCAUGGUUCCUGGUUAUCGUUGUGGUUGGAUAAUAAUUCAUGAUAAACAAGAAAGAUUUGGUAAUCCUAUUCGUAAAGGUUUAAAUAACUUAACUCAUCGGAUUGUCGGUGCCAAUUCAAUUGUUCAAGGCGCUUUACCCAAAAUACUUAAGGAAAUUCCAGACGAAUACUUUCAAGACUGUAUUUCCCUGAUCCAUGCAAAUGCCAAAAUCUGUUACUCAAUAACAAAACGUAUUCCAGGUUUAACACCAAUCAUGCCUACUGGUGCAAUGUACAUAAUGGUUGGAAUAGAUACAAGUUAUUUUCCCGAAUUAUCUUCUGAUCUUCAUUUCGUUGAACGUUUAAUGUCGGAAGAGUCGAUAUUUGUUCUUCCAGGGAAAAUGUUUGGUGUUAAUGGUUACAUUCGUAUUGUCCUUACCGUUCCGUCCGAGUUGCUGAUAGAAGCUUGUAAUCGAUUGGAAAAUUUUUGCCUUCGAAAUGUAAUUUUACCCUCAAAUCAACAGCAAAAUGGUCAACCACCAACAACACCAGCCAAACCUUUACCUUUGCCAUUGAAUCUCAGAGAAUCAGUUAAAGUCGAUUAAAAUCGAAGCCAUGAAACAAGAGAAAUGAUUCAACGCCAAUCAACACGAAACAAAAUCAAGAAAUACCAAAAUUUAGUCAUAAACCACCAAAUAUUGGAGAAACUUUAAUCAACAAUAUUCCUUUUGAAUAUAUGGAGAAGAAAGGUUUAAAUUUGUCCAGUUUUUUUGGGUUAAAUUUUUUCCUCUGACUUUUCACCCAAUUGUGAUGUUAAACCUUUUUAAUCAUGUAAAUUGAUCGAGAUUGUUCUGAAACAAAAAGUGAACAAUCACUUUGGAUAUUUUAGCAUCAAGUUUCUAAACGCAUGAAACACGAGAAAAGAAAAAGUUGAACAUGUUAAGCAUUAAAAUGAAUUUAUCUUUU